CACACGCGCGCGCGCGGACGCACACUUCACUAGCAUAGCUUUCGCAUAGAGAAUUCCUAAGCUUUCAGCUAGGUAGCCUCGACGGCCGGCCAAUGGCGAGCACCGAGGUCUCCAACUCCAAGCCGAAGCGCCUGUCCCCGAAGGGAAGCUUCAAGCUGAGCCUCCCGGGUCUGCUUUCCUGCGGCGGCCAGUGCAAGGCCACCACGACCGUGUCGCCUCCGGACUCCCCCACGGCCACCGGCGGCGCGAGGUCGGCGCGGUCGCUGUCGUCGUCCGCGUCUUCGUCCAUGGCGACGACGACGUCCCGCGGGCGCGACCGGCAGGCGGAGCUCCGGGAGAUCUUCCGCCACUUCGACCGCGACAUGGACGGCCGCGUCUCGGGGCUGGAGCUCCGCGAGUUCUUCGCGUCCAUUGCGCAGGGCGACGGCGGCAGCGCGCUGGAGCUGGAGCUGGAGCUGGAGCUGGACGCGGUGGCCGGGGCCGGCGGGGACAUGAUGAUGCUGGGGUUCGAGGAGUUCGUGGGGAUCGUGGAGCGGAAGGGCGGGGAGGAGGAGGAGCGCGAGGACCUGCGGCGCGCGUUCGAGGCCUUCGAGGCGGUGAAGGGGUCCGGCCGGAUCACGCCGCGCGGGCUGCAGCGCGUGCUCGGCCGGCUCGGCGAAGACCCCUCCGUCGCCGACUGCGAGGCCAUGAUACGGGCGUACGACGACGACGGCGACGGCGAGCUCGACUUCCAUGAUUUCCACCGCAUGAUGAGCUCCCAUGAUGAUUAGCUGUGUAGUGUAGCUGUCGCGCCGCCGCUAGCUAGGUCGUCGUCGCUUGUUACGUCAUCGUUGGUUCGGUUCCUGUGUUUCCGAUUUCCCCCGUGUAUGUGUGUGUGGGUUUGAACGUGCUCGUGCUAUGUUGUUUGUUUGUU